AUGGAUUACGGUAGCAUACCAUCUCAAAAACUUGGCGACGCAAUCCCCGAGAAUGUGUUUUUGAUUGAAAUGCAGGGCGUCUCGUGGGCUCUGAACGGCACAGCGUUCGCCUUAGUUGUCUUCCGGCUUUACGCUCAACUCGUAUCCUUUCGCAGGCUAUUCAUUGACGACAUUCUGGUCAUACUUGCUUGGAUCAUUCUGCUCACUGCCACAUCGGUGUGGCAGGUCAAUGGUAGAUAUCUUUACAAGUUCGACAGAGUGAUAUCCGGCCUCGAUCCUAUCACCCCGUCCUUCCUGUCGAAUUGGCAUCGAUUCAUGCGCUCCUUGGCUCCAUUGCAAAUCCUAUUCUACACUGCUUUGUGGUGUGUCAAGUUCUCGUUUUUAGCGUUCUUUUACCGACUCAGCUGCAAGGUCAAAUGGCUUCGUAUUUGGUGGGUGAUGGUUGUUGUUUUCACUUUCGGGGUCUACAUCACCUCGAUAGCGGAUAUCGAGUACAAGUGCAGCUUUGAGAGUCUUGAAUACAUCUUAGAACAAUGCCCUCAGCUCAAUCACGUCCAUUAUGAGAAUCGCACAUUCUGGGCUAAUUGUGCCGGCGACGUGGCUACCGAUAUGAUGAUUCUGUCCAUUCCGAUAAUGGUACUCUGGAACACCAAAAUCUCCCGACGCAAGAAGAUCAUUCUCCUGAGUAUAUUCUCUGCCACAAUCCUCAUCAUGAUCAUUGCCAUCAUCCGAGUGGCCGUCAAAGCAAGUCUGAACCACCAGACCGAUGUCGCAUGGCUAUGUUUCUGGAGCAUUGUCGAGGGUACCACCGCCAUUCUAAUAUCGUGCGUCGCUUCCAUGAGACAAUUAUUCAUCAAUGCGCAAGCGAAAGGCUCAAGAGAAUGGAGUAGCAAUCCUCUGUCCACGGGCCAGGGAGUGAAAAGCCCGCACAAGAUGACAGGUCUAGUGUCAUCGAUUACUAAUCCGAAUGCCCCGUCAUCUCCAGAGAGUGAUAUUCCUCUUUCUCCAAUGAGCAUGGUCCAUGUACGCCAUGAUUAUGAGGUGACCCGGGCUGCUGCAAAUGCCAGAGGGCCCGAGGAUUACGCGAAAAGAAACACUGGAACCUGGAAGAUUCCGCAAAGUGCUUGA